AGAGAGAGAGAGAGAGAGAUCCCGAUCGAAUUAACCCUCGAACUUCGAUUGUCCGAAGUAAGGAAUGGCAACAGGUGGAGCCGCACCCCAGCGAGGAACAGCAGCAGCAGCUGCAGCUAACCUUCGUCGUAGGCGAACAGCCGGGGGUGGGGCUGCUGGUGGCGCAAGUGGAACCAUGCUCCAAUUCUACACAGAUGAUGCCCCAGGACUUAAGAUUUCUCCGAAUGUUGUGCUCGUGAUGAGCAUUGGGUUCAUAGCUUUUGUUGCUAUACUCCAUGUCAUGGGUAAGCUGUAUUUUGUCAGGAAAGAGUAGGUUCUAGUUUAGCACAUGUUGAAUUUUUUAUUAAGACAAAUAAAAGAGAUUUUUAUGUUGGUCUAGGAUGCUAUGGUGGAGGAUGUUACUUAUAAAACUAGAUCUUGUGGUAAAAUUUUGAACAACAUUAGCAGAAAGCAGAUAGUUUGAGCUGAAGCAGUAUGAUUAAUAACUUUUGUAUUGACCAUGGACAAGUUCCUAUAUUUCGUGAAUUUUCAAUGUCCGUUUAAUUGAUUUUUCAAAGUAUAGAGCUGAAUGGAUCGGAUGUUUUCAUUUCA